ACAAAUCUUGACAUUUAUUUAUUGAUAAAAACUAUUUCGACAUUAUUUAUGAAGAAUAAUGAUGAAAUGAAUGAAACAUUUGUGUCUUACUCGUUAUAAAGUUUACUUCUAUUUGGAUAGUUUAGAUUUUACAUUUUUAAGCGUUAAUACGUAACAGGCAGCCUGUAACGUAAACAAAAUUAUAAUGUUUAAUUAUUAUAGAAUGAUGCAUGUAUCCUUGAUGUAAUCGCAGUUCAUGAAGCGAUUCUGAAUGUGUGUAUACGCGUCUGUACGAAUACUAUUAAUCGCCAAUGGUGGAUUCAGAUCGGGGGCAAUAGGAAGCGAUGACAGUAAUCGUCGAAUGUUAUGACAUUUAAAAAAAAAUGUUAAAAAAUAAAUUACAAAGUUUAAAUAAUAAAUUUAAUAACAAAGAGUAACGAAGCAAGAUUCAAAAAUAUAGCUUGAUAUUUGACCUCCUCAAGCAAGGUCUUUGCAUUAAUCUUCGUUAAUCCUACUUUACAUUUCCAAUGAAAUGCUGAAAACCGGUAAUCAAGUCGUAAAUUGAUAUACAACGAUAAACUUGAAACGAAGUCGAUGAAAUACUGUUUAUCAAGAACGCUAGAUGAAAGAGCAAGUUGCCGAAUAAAUUUAUAAAAUUUUACGAUCUCUAUCCAACCUUCAAGGUUUUUUGUGUCGUACAGCACUGCUUCCUAUCGGAAAGUGGAUGGUGAUUGGUUGUACGAACCCCAGACUAGAAUGGGGCAGUAGAAUGGGACGUCUGGCAAUCGAAUAAGAGAGGAGGGAGGAGUGAUUUCGCGCGUUGAACGGACACCGAAUAAUUUUCGAAGAGAUUCGCGAAUCGCAGCGUCGUCUCGAUUAAUCGGGCUGAUAGUCAAGCAGGCGAAUCCGUCCAUCGAAGCCUGAGACGAGAUGUCCGUCAUGGGAAAGCCAGUACUUUACUCCUAUUGGCGGAGUUCUUGCUCGUGGAGGGUGCGAAUUGCAUUGAAUUUGAAGGAAAUUCCAUAUGACAUAAAACCAGUUAGCUUGAUAAAAGGUGGUGGAGAACAGCAUUCCAAUGAAUUUCGUGAAAUUAAUCCGAUGGAGCAGGUGCCUGCACUUCAUAUCGACAAUCACACAUUAAUAGAAUCUCUAAAUAUUCUGCAAUAUUUGGAAGAAACUAGACCACAUCGACCCUUGAUGCCUGCAGAUCCAGUAAAAAGAGCUAGAGUCAGAGAAAUUUGUGAGGUGAUUGCUAGUGGUAUUCAACCCUUGCAAAACUUAGUUGUGCUGAUCUAUGUUGGAGAAGAACGCAAGAAGGAAUGGGCUCAACAUUGGAUUACUAGAGGUUUAACAGCCGUAGAAAAAUUAUUGUCAUCCAGUGCAGGAAAAUAUUGUGUAGGGGAUGAAAUUACGUUAGCAGACUGCUGCUUAAUACCACAAAUAUUUAAUGCAAGGAGGUUUCUAGUUGAUUUAAGACCUUUCCCAACCAUUUUGAGGGUAGAUCGUCAUUUAGAAAAUCAUCCUGCAUUCACUGCUGCUCAUCCAAAUAAUCAGCCUGAUUGUCCUCCAGAGGCAACCAAGUAGCAAGCAAGGCAGACCACCCUUUUCCUCUUCUAAUCUAUUAGAAGGAGGAAAGGAGGUGGUCCAAUUUUGUGGUUCUAUAGUGACAAAAGGUGGUGCAACCUUACUUCCAUUAAAAUUAGUAACAUAAUUAUGUUAUACCGAUAAUAACAUGUAUAUGAAUUUUCCAAGAUAUACUUUAUUUUUUAACGAUCAUGCGUUGAUAAAUUGACCGAAAUAAUUAUCGGAUAUCGCAGAUGGUUUAAUCAUUUUUCUGAAUAGUAUAUCUUCCUGUUUUUAGCACGAGUUUGUAAUACACCUUUUAUCACUUAUGAACUGCGUGUAAGUACUGAAAUGGUAAACAGUGUAGAGUAUUGAACUCUAUAAUAAUUUUCAGUUAUAUAUAAAAAUGAAUUACGUGCUGUGUCACUUUUGUCAGGAGGAGACAGAACACUGUUCCAUUUCUGUACUUAUUCAAAGGAUAGGAAUGUUGGCCUGUUUUUAAUUUUGUUAUGUUUUUUCAUUGGUUUUAUAUACACAGAAUCAAAAUUGACAAAAAAAAAAGGAAAGAAAAGAAAGAAAGAAUUCGUCUUCGUGCAGUACUUACAAUAUUACUUUGUAAAGUGUAUUGACCUAUUAUAAAUAGGUUCUGUUGUCUGAAAUCAAAAGUUUACUUUUUAUACACUUACAAUACAUAAUAUAAUUUUUCGAUUACUUUUAGCUUACAUAGAUUAAGAAGAAGUGUUGCUAUUAAAUAAUAUUAAAUAUAACUUGAAAUUCUUUACCGGGUAUAAAGUAGCAGAUCUAACAUCGCAAGCGCACAUACUCAUAUAUACACUGACUAAAUAGAAGAAAAAGGAAACGUGUAAUAAGGGAAUGCAGUCUGCUCAAACUUCGUAAUAUCGAGGAAUGAAAAGUACAAAUCAAAUUUUUCUUUUUCGAAAGCUUUCAUUUUUGAUUACGUUUCAUUUCUCCCUGUCUCCACAAGUUGAAUAUACAAAUAUUAAAUGCAAUUGCGUACUUCCAAUUUUCUUAUAUUUUUCGUGUGUCGAACGAUAGCUAUAAGAUGUGUUCGAUUUUGAUAUGUAACCCAAAAGCUCGUGACGCGUACGUUAAGUAAUACUGAUCAAUUCCUUCAUAAACAUUCCACAAACAUACGGAAAACUAUAAACGAUAGCGAAAGAAAUAUUGUUAAAGUUUGUACUUGGUAACGUCUUAAAAUAAUUUGUCUUUAACGAUACUUUUCAAGAGUGGGUCGUAGAAAAUUCUCCGAAUAUUUCUGCGAUUCGAUAUUGAGCACACUCAAAAACUACAAUGUAUUUUUUGCAAGACGUAAUCUUACAUAGAGAUACAUUUUUUAUUGUACUGCCUAUAUUGUAUAACUUCUAUAUAUAUAUUAUAUAUAUAUAUAUUUUGUAGUUUUAUACAUAAAAAUGAUACGUUUAUUAAUAUGACAAAGGGUACAAGACGUCAAAGAUAAUACUGAACUUGUGUAUCGAACAAUGUUAAUAACUUUGUAUCUAUCAGCAUCGUUCCUUAUUGCCGGCUUCCUUCUUGCCUUCGUUCUUCAAUAAAGAUAAAGACUAAUCUUGAUUCGUAAUGAAACUCGUACGAUCAUGGACUUUUAAAGAUCAUUUCUCGUAUCUUUCGUUACAAAUUAUUACGUUUAAAAAUAUUGUACGACACGGUAAUGGAGGGGUAUUUGUUUGCACGUUUCUUCGCGCUAGAACUUGUUAUAAUUUAUAUUACGAAGAAGAAGAACAGUGAUAUACAUUUGAUAUUUAAACGCGUGUGCAUUAUGUAAGCGAGUGACUAGAUAAUAAUGUAUAUAAUUUUUCUACAAACACGUUUUACGACUGCGUGCAGAGAAGUCAGCCUGAAUCAUUUGAAUCUUUGAUAAGGCUGUUUUCGAAUUGCAUGUUUUAACGCAUACAGCAUAAGGUUUUAUAAUAAGAAGAAGGAAUGAAUGCAAACAAGUGAUACCCUUCGAGCAGUAAUCGCACAACAGAAUCUGUUUUUCAUCAGUAGAGAUUUUAAUUAUAUUUGUUACUCGUACAAUUGAAUGUCGAUAGCAAGAGAAUAAUAUUUUUGGUGAAAACUUUUUUCAUUUUAUUUAUUUUACGACAGUUUUUAAACGACACAUUGCAAAACGAGAAACCGAUAACUACUUUUAACGUACGCUGCUUUUUCGCCGUGAUAGCUUGUUCGCGAACACGUGUGCGAUAGACUGUACGCGAAACAAUUAUACUCGUUUGUGACACGUUCCGUAAACCAUGUAUCGAGAACAGGUGCAAAGAGAAAACAUAUAUGUUAUUGCUUAAUUAUAGAAAGCUGUGGUUAUAAUAUAUUCAUUACACUCUCGUUUCGCUUUUUAGUCUUCCACGCUUGAUCGAGAAAAAGUUGUGCCUCUGAAAUAAACAUCGUGGACGAGGAACGUGUUUAAACGACGGAAGCACACGUGAUACACGCAACAUAGAGAAUUAAUUACUGUAUAGCUGAACGAGAUUAAGGGCGAUAACGAGUUAAUCGAACGUUAGAACUUUUAUUUCCACCGGCGGUCCUAAAUAGACUUUAGGUAGGUAGAGCUGCGUACCAUUUGUAAAAGGAUGCGUGAGAAACUUAUAGAAGGGGCAAAUGCGACUAUGUAUAAAAUAAGAAUACAAGAAACUUAAGGGGGGAUAAACCGAUAUGAUACGCAUAGAUAUUUUGUAAGUGAAAAAAUGAAUUAUGUACGUUCACUGCUUAUGAGGAAUAAUAAAUUCUGUGUCAUAGUGUAUACGCGUUUAAUUUAUAGCUGCGAACAUCAGCGUAACUAGGACUGACUUUAAAACAUUUCAAAAAUUUAAUUAUGUCCUACAUUCCUCGCGUGAGAAUUUUCUGAGAGUUCUUACCUAGUUGCGCUAAUGGGUGCGAAGCAAUCGAGAAUUAUGAGUACAGUUCUACCGAGCAAGAGUGAAGACCGAAAAAUUUCUACCUGCAAGAGAAUCGAAAAUGUGCUAAUUGUACUACUCCGAAACGAAAUUGCGUCUCGUAGAAGGUGAAAAAGAUCGAGAAAUGGCGGGAACUAGUCCACGGUUUGUAUCUCCCGCUACUCUGUCAGCGCAUGCGCACUUGUCACUUCACUCUCGCUUGGAAAAAUACAUCGAACGUGCACGGACCGCAGUAGUAACAGUACAUUUCCAUCGACAGGAUUGUUCUCGUUGGUUUAUGAUUCUGUGGUUAGUAAUUUAACGCUGCACGAUGAAACAAUGAGAACAAUGGAACAAAAAUACUCGCAGUUUGACAAACUAUGAUAUAAAAUGCAACUUACCCGGUAAAAGAGGUUUCAUACAGACUGAAUUCUUCCGGUGUGGAAUAUUCCAAGCGACACGCAAAUUUUAAAACAAGAUGCGAAAGAAAAUUGUUCAUACUUCUGGUCGGAACAGAAGGAAUCGUGACAUCGUUCAUCGAUAAUCCUUUUCCCCUUUCUAACGACAAGCGUCCUUGUUUCGUUCGUUUCAACUAGAUACUCUUUCAUUUUCAAUAUCUUUAUUACAAAUCCAUCGUGUAAAAAAAUACAUUCCCUUAUCUAUACUGACUAGUUAGAAUAGCACCUUUUGUACGUCGAAUUUUUGUACGCUGACGAAAUGCAUUGGGGAACCAUUCGGUCCUGUUACCGUGUAAAGAGUGUCGAAUCAGAAAAGGGUUCGAAACUUCUAAAAUAAAUAGUAUCGCUUUAAAUAACAUAUUUUAACACGUUAACUGCUGUAGGCUGUACUGCGUUCAACGUGUUAAAUUUUUUAUACAACCCCUUGUCAAGGCGAAUAAGGAACGGGUAGAAAUAUCGUAGGGUAAAUCUAAGAGCCUGGAGGGAGCAUAGGGAAUGUUAGGAAGUCUAAACGAUUUUAAAAAUCAGUUGAAAUACCGUGAACCCUUUUCUUGGAACACCCUGUACAUCGGAGAGAUAUGAAAUUCCGAACGCGAGGUACAAGAAAAAAAAAGACACGAGAACGAGUACAAUGGAACGAGUAACAUUAAAUUAUAUUAAUUGAACCGAUGUACCUCUACGCUCCUUUUCUUUUAUCGACGGUGCUUCGAAACGUUUAAUGCACGAUUUCAUCAGACGAGAUAAACGAGAGGAUCCUCGUCACUUUUAUAUAGCAUACAAACACAUUUUUCUCCUUUCCUUUUACUUGUCUUCUCGCACAUAUAUAUUAUACGUUAAAACUUACAAACUAAUGGAACGACCUAAGUUCUAUAUACAACAUCAUCGAUCGAGGUAUUUUACAGGUACACAUGCUAUCGUCAUGUCAGGGUACUUUAUCGUGUCGCGCGAGUCUUUCUAUCAAAAUUCGAAAGGUUGGAUUAAUCUCUUUAAGAGAGUUUAACCUUUCCAAUUUCGACAAAAUUACAAAGUUGUUCAGGAUCAAUUGGAUAUUAUCUGGAUAGAAAGUGAAAAGAGGAAGAAAAAGAGAAUAUAGGUGCUCCAUGCACGAUGGAGACUUAUACAGGCUAUCUGAAAACGUACACCACGAAUACUUAAGAUUCUCCAAGAAAAAAGCAAAUCGAAAUGUCUUCGCGAUCUGCCUCCAAGAUGGCGACUGACGAACAGCUGAUUAACUGCACCUUGGAAGCAGAGUUUCAUUUUGCAAACGGAUAAAAGAUCUUUCGAUUUCUUUUGUCACGAGAAUUCGCAGUUUUCAUGGUGCACAUCCGUUUACAACCCCUUGCCUUACAAAUUCUAGUUAUCGCUAGAUCGCGAAUGUUCAUGCAUUUACAACAGUGUAUUUAGCCCUUGGACGGUUAAACCGGGUGUUCGAUAUUAAAUUCUGUUUAAUUUCUAUUCAUGUAAACGUUACUUUCCCAAUGUUUCAGAGGUCUGGGUCACGACCGACCAGACUCUACUUAAAGGUUAAUUUGUACCGCUAGUACAGUGAUGGACAAGUCGAAACGUUGAAUCAGGUAAAUCGGGAACUUGAAAAGUGGAGAUUGCGGGAGUUUGGAAACGUCGAAAUUGAGAAAUUCAGUAUCUAUAAGUGGUGUUGGCCAUCACUGCGCUAGGAGACUACCGAUGUACACUAUGAACGUGAUUUGAUGUCAGAAGGCAAGGGGUUAAGAAAAAAAGAAGAAAAAGAAUUCCGUGAAACUCAGAGAAAGUUGACGAAAUGAGAGAAAGAAAGAAGAAUGCGUAUGACGAUCAUACAGCGACAACUGAAUGGACAAAAUGGAUGGAUCGAUGGAGCAGAUGGAUGGACGCUCGGUGGCCAGGUCAUGAAAUGAAGAACAACAGAAUGCAUUUAAUGAGCGAUUGUUUAUUAUGCUCUUAUGGUCACUUGUCAUACAGGUAACGAUGCUUUCUCAUGAGUGAAAAUAGUUAAUAUAUUAUGUUUAAUUAUUUAUAAUUAUUUAACAUUGAAUGGAAUAACUCUCUGAUGAUGAAAGAAUAACAAUUCAUGGAUGCAAAUAAAUGUGGUUAGAGCGUGUAAAGUAAUUAUUUAGAGUAAAAUUCAAAAAUGCUGUGAACUAAUCGUGUGUACGUAUAUAUAUAAUAUAUACUUCAUCGAUAACAAUGUAGCGGUGUCCAACAGGUCACGAUUGUGGGCAUAUAAACCCAACCAACAUUUUAACCAGCAAAAUUAUCGAAUAAAAAAAGAAGAAAAGAACGUAUCGUUUCGUCGUAUCGCGUUCUCGAUUAACAGAGACUUCUUUUUAUGUGUUUAUGGGUGUGUGUAUGUAUGUAUGUGUGUGUUUAGCAGGCUUGCACAAGCCGUUUGUGAUGCAUGCUCGCUUAUCGUCGCGCUUUACUGAUCUGUACCAUCUCGAGUAUCACACUUAGAUCCCACUAAUAUUUGUGAUUCGUUUUGUUCGGGAAUUUCGCGUCGAACGAUUCGCCUGAUCGAAUACAAUUACAUAUACCCCCCUUAUUUUCUCACUUUCGAAGACAGUGAUCAGAUACGAUGUACAGGUUAGAAGUCUCAUUCGCGAUCGACGGAGUACUCAACUUUUGUUCUCUGUCGAUUCAAUCAACAAUUGUUUAAUUUUUCUGUAAAGGUACACUUUUCACGGGUUAGAAACUGUAUGCAGCGUAGUCUCGUUAUAUGGCAAAGACGGAUGACGUUCUAAAAUUUUUCUUGCCGCUCUUACAGUCCUAUUUAACACCAUAUAUCGAGACUCCGCUGUAUUAUUGACGACGAUCGAGAAUCAUUCCUAGAAAAAGUUCACGCAGCUUUUCGAGCACUUGAUACAAUCUAAUUAUCGUUCGUUUGCCGAAGGAAGUCGUGAAAACAUAAAGGGACGAACGAGCGUUUCAAUAGUAUUUUUUCCUCUGCCCUGACACGCGACAAUUUUCCUUUUUUCGGUUUAUUCUUUCGAUGAAAGAACGACGUGCAUCCCUUUCAGUAUCGUAUAGUCUUGCCAAGCAAGGACGAAGAUCAAAAGCGAAUCCUUGUGAUGUGGUGUGGAAUUAAAUGGCGAGGACAAAGAUUGUCGCAGAUACAACUGAAAAUUAUAGAACGUCAAUCUGGCAAAUGUAGUUCAUUUGAAACGAACAAACGCAUCUUACAGCGCGGGGUUCGAAGAGAGAAUAAAAAAUGACGGGGAAAGACCCAAUAUUUAUACCCUCGAUUUCUGGCCGCGCAUGCGCAUUUGAGAACUCCGAUUUCGCUUGACAGGACUAUACAUGGCUUCAGAUUCUUAAUUAUUAACAACCCUAUAUAGUUUUUUAUUUUUGUUUCUUAUUCGCUGAAAGAGAGUUUUACUCGUCUAUAGGUUGUAUAUGUGCACAUAUAUAUAUAUACACACACACGUAUGUAUUUAUUUAUAUAUAUACACACACAUAUGUUUGUCUUGAAAGAAUAUGAUCUAUUCCCCGGGCGUCAAACUUAGCGCACAACAAUAGUAUCAAUUAAAUCUAAAAUUCCUUGUGUACGUUCGAAGCUGAAUCGCAAUACCCUUCUUCUCGGGAGGUGAAACCUCGGAAUACAUAUAUAUACACAUAUAGAUAUAUAUAUAUUUUAAAAAAUACAAUUUCGCUUACUGUUCUUGAUGCACCGUUUCUCAAUGUAUAUAUGUAUAUAUAUCCUGACGAAAAAAACGAACAAACGAGAAGGAAGGAAACGAUCAACGGAAGAAAAGAAAACGAAGGAUCGACCGACGUUAAACGCGAGUCGCGAACAAAUAAAUUCUCUAUUAUCUUUUUCUUCGUUUCGUUAACUUUAAGUGGCACACAAUUGAAUAGAAGGGAGCAUUUUUCCCUAUUUCCUUUCCCUUUCGUUUCUGUUCGUUUUUUUUUUUUUAAAUCCUUCUAUCACACGGUCGUCGUGCCUCUUCGCUUAUUUAUUCUUUUUUAUAGCCAAAGGAAUGUAAGGUACAAUACUUGAAUCGUGGUUCCAUCGUGAUCAGUGACGAACGAAUCCUCUCUAUUGGUACCUUUUCUCUCGCAGCCAGCUGCUAUUCGAAACUCGAAAUAUAUUUGUGGAAGAUGAUAAUAAUAAUAAUAAUAACGCUAUUUGUCUCGUCUAAACAUAACCUCGUGCGGGUAUCAUUCGGACGCGAUCCUUUUGAAUCGAAGGUGAAGCACAAACGCGCGGCACUGCGUUUCGUGUUCGAAACAACCCUCUAAACGUCUAUAUUUUAUUAUUAUUAUUAUUUAUUUUUUGUUGGUAUCGUGUCAUUUCUUUGCGUGUAUAGGCAUGCAACAAUUCGCGUUACACAAGUGUCAUAUAACGCACGUUUCUUUAGAGAUGCGUAUUUACGUUUCGAAUGAAAAUUUGUGUAUUGCGUAUGCGCACGCGUGUGUGUACAGAAUGAAGAGUCGAAUGAUUCAUGAACAUGAGUGUGCACACGUGCACACCUCGAAAGUGGGCACUAUAUAUAUAUAUAUAUAUUUUUAUUUCUUCGCGACUUAGCGAUCAUUAAUCUACUUAUACUCAACAAGGUACUUAAUAGUGUUUUCUUUUUGUUUUUUUUUUCUUUUCUUUUUAAUUUCUUCAUCGUCAUCCUCGUCGUAACCCUUUCUGUUCGUUAAAUCCCCGAGCUGCUAUGCGCUACUUCUUAUCUCAACAAUUAACGACCUCACCCUAGCUUUACCUACACGUACACGUUCUCGUAUUAUGUUUUUCUUAUCCCUCCCUUCUUUUUUUUCAUUUUUUUUUCUUUAAAAUCUUCUCUAUACAUAUACGCUUAGCCAAAAUAAUAUACCGUGUAUCAACAGUCUAACUCUAAAUUCUCACUUCCAAUGAAAUAACAUUACGAUACACACGUUUUUUUUUUUGUACAACCCUCUGUCUUACUUUUACACGUUAAACGAAUGCUCUAAGCCGUUUUAAAUAUACCCUUUUUCUUUCAUGAUUACGAUUUCUCUUUGCUCUGCUCUUUUUCCUUUUUAAUACAGCGUCAUCUCGCUAUAUGGACCGCUCUUCCGAGGCUGAUAUCGUUUUCGAGCUUCCGAAUUGAAAUUUAUAAAUUUAAACUUAGAUUUUAUUAAUUAAACGGUGUAGAAGAUUCCACUUAUAUGCGCCGUUUUACGAUCUUGUUGAGUCGCUGAGGGCCAUAUAGCGAGACACCGCUGUAAUAUUUUACGAUAAACUAUUUCAUGUUUGUCCGCGACGAGAAAAAGAAGAAUUUUCUGUGUUUUCGAUUUUUACCAGAAGACUUCGGUAUGCAUUGCUAUUUCGAAUACACCAAACGAGGCUCGUUUCGCUUUUUCUUUAAUCAGAAUAACGUUUUCUAUUUUUUCUGACGGAGCGUUAAUUCGAUUUCACGACGAUAGAUUGGAAAUUCGCGUUUCGCAGAAGACACAGGUGCCAGUUUAAUACUCGAUCGGUAAAUAACCCUAUAAAUAUGCUCUUUCCCCUAGAAUCGGCUAAAAAAGUCAGGAUAUUUCAUCGAAGUUCGCCACCCAAUAUCAUUUGUCGUUCUCUCGUCCCUCUAUUAUUCGUUCUUCGCCUUGUAUUUUUUUACUUCAUUUUUUUUAUAGACAAAAAUAAAAGCCUCUUUUUUGUUUUCGUUUAAUUCCACGCGUAUCUCUACAAUAGAUAGAUCUCUCUCUUUCAUUAUAUAUAUUUCAUCGUCAUCUUUCUUUCUUAUAUAAAAUAUUUACAGCCACGUGUUUUUUUAUCUUCUUCUUUCUUUGUAUAUAUUCCGCUCUUUUAAGGGUAUGUGUAUCGUGAAAUCGUUAAAUCGGUGAAAAAGAAAGAAAAACGAAGCUUCGACGAAAGUGGAACCAAAAGCAAUCGAACGACGCGUGAUUUUCAAGUGUAAUCCGAGGAAUUCGAACAUGAUUGUAUACAAAACGGCAACGUGCACAGUAAAUCGAAAAUUUCGUGUAGAACACGAAGGUGUCUAUAGUGGAAACGUUCGAAGGAUAAAAGAUCGGUGUUUAACCUGUUAACUGGGUUUUUCAACAAAAAUUUCAUUUCUUCCUAUUGGAGAAAAUGGCGGAUGCAGAGAGGAGGCAAUGGUUAAUAUUGCACUUGAACCUCUUCCGACUUUAAACGUAAUCUUCCAAACGCCUCUGAUCUGCCAUUAAUCGAAGGUACAAAAUGUUAGAACCGUGAUAACGAUUAAACGAAGAAUAUAACAGAUUGCCUCAUUUCAAUGACUCAUUGACGAUCGAGAUAAAACGAAGUCUACUUUCAAUUCUAGAAAACGGUGGGAGCGGCAAGGUUAAUUUUUUCAAAAUAACUUCGAAGCAUUGUUUUUUUUAACAAUGACUCACGUAUCUGUUCGCAUACUUUCAAACGCUAGAAUCGACGACAUUUAUCGUGGAACUUACAGUAAAUUGAACAUUUACAAUUUGUCAUUAUAGAUUGAUUCGCGUUGAGCACCAAUAAAAUAUAAUUAUGUUACAGAAGUAUCAAUUCGAUGCGAACAAGUACGUGAAUCGCUGUCGAAUAACGAAAUAUUUCCCCAGUUAACAGAAAACAGAUUAAGAUUAAUCUUCUUUUCCCAUUCUGUUUCUGAGACAAGCUUGUUUCUACGUUUUAAGAAUUCUGCUCUAUUGUCGAUCAAUUUUUAACGCAAUCGAUUAUUAUUAUUAUUCUUAUUAUUAUUACUUCUUCAUCCUGUUUUUCCCUUCAUAACUAUCGUAUCGUAUCUCUUAAAUAUAUAUAUUAUAUAUAUAUUUAUAUAUAUAAUAUUUAAUACUCCUUAACGUAACAUUACACCUCUAUACCAAUGUAGCUUCUUUUUUUGUGUGUUUUGUUAUUUCCUUCGACUAUGGUAAAUUUCACUAUAUUCAUUAAAACACGUUUGAUUAUUAGCGAACGAUUGCAAAAGUGGCAGUAAAGGAAUCUUCUCAAGAAUAUAACAAUUCUUAAAGCGUCUCAAAUGCAACGUUCCUUUUAGAAAUAAUGCUUCGAAAGCCGUAAAUC